AAUUAUUUAAUUCAGAAUAAUGAUUCAUUUUGAAUGAUUGAUUUGUUGUUGUUGUUUUUUCAGACGGUGACGAGGGUACCUGGUUGAUAGCGGACAGAGACAGAGAGGCUCAGAUCGUGAACCGGCGUGGGGGCGGUCCUCCGAAAAAGCGGGUGGCGAAACGUUACUAUGCCGGCAAGAACGUCACCUGUCACAGCUGUAAGAAGACUGGACACCUCUCCAAGAGCUGCCCUACGCCCCCGGAGCCGUGUUGCGUGUUGUGCGGGGAACGUGGUCACACGAUGCCGUCGUGUCCCAGCAAACAUUGCAGGAACUGUGGUCUGCCCGGUCACUUGAACGAGUUGUGUGUCGUACCCAACCUCCGAUACAAAUGGUGUUAUCGCUGUGGCGUACAGGGACACCUUAACGACGCCUGCCCAGAGAUAUGGAGACAGUACCACAUCACGACUAAGUCAGGUCCUGUACUGGUGGUAGAAGGAGAGGACAGCGCCAGGACCAACCCCUGCUGUUAUAACUGCUCUCUCAGGGGACAUUUUGGAUUUGACUGCUCAGUGAGGAGGAUGUUUGGGUGUUUCCCCCCCAACUCUCCCUUCAUCAACCAAUAUGACUCUCGCCUUUCGAUCCACAACCGAGAUUACCGAGCUCAGCUCAGAGUUCAAGAGUUGAAGGAUGCAGGCCUGUUCCCGUGUCAGGUCUCACCAGACGGUGACGCCCGAGACGAUCCGCCGGGCAAACGCCAGAGAACCGACUCUAACCCGAGCUACAGGCCGUACCAGAACUACCCCCCUAAACCCUACCAUAGUGCUACUCCUAGCCGUACCCACAUCAGGUUCAGCGGUGGCCAGGAGAAACCCUGGACUCCUAAACGCAAACUAAAGGAGAGCAGAGAGGGGAAGCGCUUCACUCCAGCUUCAGCCACGCCCAAAUCCAACAUGGCUGACAGGAACCAGCCGGGAGUCAGGAAAGGCAGAAGAAGAAACAACGGAAACCGGCCAAAAACAAAAUGGUCGCCGCCGCAGACGAGUCUCUUGACUUCCCCGAGGAGAAGGCCCCUCCACCAAGAAGAGAAAGAAGAAGGGGCCCAAGGGCCCUCCCCCCUCGGCCGGAGCCCCUCCUACCUUCCAUCCCAAGGGCCCCGCCUCCCACACCCCCGACCGUCUGUUUGGGGCGGCGAAGAAGGGAGCGAGGAAGAAGAAGAGGAGAGAGAACGGGAGAGACAGGAAGGCUGCUAA